CAUAACGGACAGCGAGUACUGACAGGUUCGUCGAUGCUGACUGAAUACUUUGUUGACGAAGCGAAUCUUUCAUUUUCACUGUAAGGAGAAUACAGGUCACGCAACGCUUUCGCAAUUCCGGCUCGCGGAGAAGGAUUCACUACAGCAAUGCGAACAUUGCACAACGUUCGCCUCGUAUCUCGCCACAGGGACCCAGAUACCAGCCUGUAGACUGAAGUUACACGGGCCGAUCGAUCUGUGUGUGUGUGUCAAAGCGGCGGAUGUGUGGUCGAGCACGGAGGAGGCCGAGCGUCCAUGGGAACCCAUCACAGGGCAGGUAACAGUCUACCAGUAGGAUGGCGACUCGGUGUAUAUACUCCGCAGCAGUGUGUUUUGUAUGUACAUUGACAAACUUCGUAUCAGGCAAGGAGACGGGGUUUCCCAAGUCCCUGAAGGAGGUGAAGGCUCUGUGGAUUGAAACCACUACUUCACUAUUUCACGGAAACGGAUUAGCUGUUGAACUUUGUGCGUUUGUUGUGGAAUGGCCUAUAAUUACUGCAGUAUGUGCGACUGCCGUCGCUCUGCUGCUAUACUAUGGGUAUCGGCUAUUUUUUAUACCUCUCAACCGGGUACGUCGACUAGAGGAUGUUGGAUACGCCCAUGAUCCCUCCAUGGGGAGACGAGAUAUUGCCAACAUGGUUCGGAGACGUCGGGCUGUAGGUAAUAUACCCCCUGUAUACCCAAACGGCUGGUUCGGCUUGAUGGAAUCGUUUGAUCUUGCAAAGGGACAGGUGAAAGAGGUGAACGCUCUAGGUGUACACCUGGCCGUGUUCAGGGACGAGGAGGGCAAGGCUCACGUUGUCAACGCCUACUGUCCUCACCUGGGCGCCAACAUGGCCGUAGGGGGCAAGGUGGUGGGCAACUGUAUCGAGUGCCCCUUCCACGCCUGGAGGUUCAGGGGGGAGGAUGGCAAGUGUACCAACAUCCCUGCUGCAGAGAAAGUGCCUGAUAUAGCGAGGGUCAAGUCGUGGAAGGUGAAGGAGCUGAAUGGCUGGGUGUACGUGUGGUACCACGCCGAGGGGGAGGAGCCCUACUGGGUGCCCCCUGAAAUAGAGGAGAUCACCAAGGGAGAAUGGACAUACCGGGGUCGGACAGAACACAUAGUCAACGCCCAGAUACAGGAGAUCCCGGAGAACGGAGCUGACGUUGCCCACCUGCCUCAGGUUCACGGACCCUUCAUGGGUGCUGGGACGGACCUCCGCUACAUGUGGGCCAAGAUGUGGACGUUCGUGGAGCACCGGUGGAAUGCCAGCUGGGAGGCGUUUCAGCCCCCUCAGGGCCACAUAGCCCAGAUGUCCGUGGGGCAUAAGCUGUGGCUGUGUGGCAUGCACAUGUCCAUGCUGGACAUGGACGUCAAGGCCAAACAGAUAGGUCCAGCAUUUGUGUAUCUGAGUAUGGACUGCGGGAUAUUUGGCAAGGGCGUCAUCAUACACAACCUGCUCCCAGUAGGACCCAUCACACAGAAGCUUAUCCACAACAUCUACGUGCAGAGUCGCAUGCCAACAUUCGUGGCCAAGUUCUACAUGAUGGCUGAAGCAAUUCAGGUUGAAAGGGACAUCAUGAUAUGGAAUAAUAAAAUGUACCAGAAUAAACCAAUAUUUGCUCGAUCAAAAGAAGACAGCACCAUAGCUAAACACAGACGAUGGUACUCGCAGUUCUACUCCGAACACAGCCCGAAACUCACCUUCCAGGAAGACAGUCUGUCUUGGUAGCCACCGAGGGAUCUUUACAGGUCAACGCCUACAAGAUUCACAAGAUUGGCCGCCUUUUCACCCGAGUUCAUAAUGAGGAUGUCAUAUUGUUUUUGAGAAAGUAUAAAUUUUGACUUUUAUAUGAUUGUUUCAUGGUUACUGUAUCACUGCUGCUGAUUGCUCUGUGUGCGUGUGUGUUUGUGGGCCUGUGUGUGUUUGUGUGUAUGUUUGUGGGCCUGUGUGUGCGUGUGUGUUUGUGUAUAUGUUGGUGGACCUGUGUGUGCGUGUGUAAAUAUUGAGUCAGUGGUCAGUAUUGCUUCACGCCACUGACAGCAACAUCCCAGCAAUAUCCCAGCAGUAUCACGGCGAAGUACAUAAGAAAUCUGGCUAUACACAUUGCACCCGAGUGAGGAAUCGAACCCGGUGUGUGCGUGUGCGUGUGCGUGUGCGCCUGUCUGCCUGUGUGUGUCCCAGUAUGUGUGUGUUGAGAGAGUGAUAUUGUUAUUGGACUUAACACAGAAAGGUCAGGUACAGUGAUGACAACAUUGUCGUUUUUAAUUUAUUCCUGCCAUUACAUGAAUAUUGUGCAGACGUUCUGUUAAAAUGAAUAUAGGCCCAUGCAUUGAAGUGUGGUUUUUAUAUUAUUUUUCAGUAAUAUGUUAAUAUUUUAAUUUCAGGUGAAGAUGUGUGCUUCAGCAUUAGCUUUCUUGUGAAACCUUUUCAGUUUCAAAUUUCUGAGUGAUGCCUGGCAGCCAAAUAUGGAUUGUAUAUGCCACACACGAGACAUUUAAGAACAACCAAUAUCUAUUAAC